UGGCACCCAUCACACAAACCUUAAAGUGAGGUAGCUUUCGUUCACUAACAUUUCCCUGGUUUGCUGUAGUUGAAAGUUGAUAGUUGAAAACUAUCCUGCUCAGCCUGGUGUCUGUUUUCGUCUCUUUCUCCAGCUUUGACGACAGAUGAUGACUUAUGGGUGUCGUCUCGAAGGGGCACAUAUUUUAACGCAGCGCUUCGAAAUUACCUUUCGAGGGUUGAGGUGACACGCGAAAACGGAAUUUAGGGGUAAGAAUGAGAAAAAGACCGCGUGCACCCGUAUUUGUUGUUUUUACUCGCAUAUAAUACUAAUGGGGAAAGUUGUAUGCUAGCUAGCCUAGCAAGCUAAUCGUCCAAACAAGGAAGGCUAAUUAUGUUGCUAGCUCAUGAGUCUGCCCGGGCAGUAAACCUUUUGUCGUUCUCUUAUGGAGCCAGUUGACCGUCACUGCAGGUGUUUAACAACUGGAGUUUUGGUCGAGUUUAGUACAGACCGACCGUAGUUGUUACUUAGCGCUCUCGUUAGCCCUUAUCUUUGGAAGAAUGAAUAGAAAACACCACCAAUUUAAAGGAGCAGAAGUCAGCUGCUGCGUGAAAUACUUCCUCUUCGGAUUCAACAUUAUCUUCUGGUUACUGGGAGCAUCAUUCCUUGCCAUUGGCCUGUGGGCAUGGGCGGAGAAGGGCGUGCUGUCCAAUCUUUCAUCCAUCACAGAUCUUGGCGGUUUCGACCCUGUUUGGCUCUUCAUUGUUGUCGGCGGGGUCAUGUUCGUCCUGGGCUUUGCUGGCUGCAUUGGAGCACUACGAGAGAACACACUCCUGCUUAAAUUUUUCUCCGUGUUCCUUGGUUUGAUCUUCUUCUUGGAGCUCACCGCAGGAAUCCUCGCCUUCGUCUUUAAGGAUUGGAUCAAAGACCAGCUCAACUUCUUCAUUAAUAACAAUAUCAAGGCUUACCGGGAUGACAUCGACUUGCAGAACCUCAUUGACUUCGCUCAGGGAUAUUGGUCAUGCUGUGGCGCUCACGGGCCCGAUGACUGGAACUUGAACAUGUACUUCAACUGCACUGACCAGAACCACAGUAGGGAACGCUGUGGUGUUCCUUUGUCUUGCUGUGUCAAGGACCCUGUGGGCGUCAUCAACACACAGUGUGGAUAUGAUGUUCGACGUGAAGAGAAGCUGGAUCAACAAAAAUACAUCUAUACCAAAGGCUGUGUGGGGCAGUUUGAAAAGUGGCUGCAGGACAACCUUAUUAUUGUUGCUGGCACCUUUGUCGGGAUUGCACUUUUACAGAUUUUUGGAAUCUGCCUUGCUCAAAACCUGGUCAGUGACAUCAAAGCUGUCAAAGCCAACUGGUGACUGGGGAAGAGGUGUGAGGAGUCUCGUCCCUCAGAACCCCUGCAGGUCUUUGAGGCAGCCCUCCUCUCUGAUGUGUAACUGCACUCUGAGCACAUCCGCAAAACUGCACAAAACUGUUUCUUUGUUUGGUAGAGUGUGGGAAACUGUCAGAAUUGAACAUUUUUAAAACAAUAUCUUGUUUUCCCCUCAACUGGGAUAUUAUGGAGAUCCUCCUUAAUGAAGACCCUGCACACUUCUUUUCUGCACCGUUUCAUUCUCAGACAAGUGUGUUUAUGGUGAAAUAUUGCACAAUAAUGCUUGUCAGAUGGUAGAUUAAAAGACAUGGAAGGGACUACAAGAAAGGAAAGUGACCCCUUCCUUUAGGUGAAACGUUACAUUGUCAAUACUCGCUGCUCAGCAAGGGACCUAUCACUGAACGCGUGGAUUACUCAGUCGUCUCAGUGGUGACCCCUGAGCUCUAGCUGGUCAUGCCUGGCACUUCAGAUGUUUCGGGACAUUUAAAGCCCAAGUCGAAAUGUAAAAAGUGCCAUUAAUUUCCAGUGAUUGUCCUCCUGUUUGCAACAAGCCCGCAAUACCUCAGGGCCUGUCUUAAAAUCAAUUGUGUUGGCUUUGUUUAAAACAUAUUUCUCUUUUCGUCCAUGUAUGGUGAAUUAUAUUGGACGUACUUUAUGCAGAGAGACAUCAAUUUAGGAACUGAUAAUGUGAUGGGGAUGGCCUGGUUAGUCACCAUAGACUUUUUUUCUCACGGCAUCCCUCAGGCACAUGGGAUUGCUGGUUUGGGGCCUUUCACCACAUUUGUUUUAUGCUUAAAUUCUAACUUCAACUAUGUGUUUUAGCUUACAUAUUUUUUCUUUCGUAUAAAUAUGUAGAGAGAUUUUUUUAAUCCUGGGUUUAUUAGACCAAGCAGUUGGUAACAAAAUGGCAAAUUUUGAGUCUGACCCAAUAAUAUCAGUAGCCCAAAAGCAAAUGUUUUCAACUUUUUAAUUAUUCAGGAAGAUAUUAGUAUUAGCAUUUCUAGAUAUGAAUGUACUGUCCCUUUUAAUUUAGGGAAGCAUCAAUUUAUGAGAGAAUGAACGUACUUGUAACAAUAUAUCCUAUUUAUCAUCCAUGCAGUCAUGUCAUUGUGUUUGGGCUGGUUUUAAAUGGAUACGGUAAUAAGUUACAUUUGAAUAUUGUCAAUAUGAAUGCUGCUUGAACUUGAACUAGAUUAUUACAGUGUAAUGCAUAUUGUCAUUUUACCAUGUUAUUGGCCUCAGGCUAAUGAAUUAUACAGAUUAUUUGUUUCAAUUUGCACCUCACUCAUUUAUGUCUUGCCUCAUCUUGUCUUGAGUUUAAUUUGACUGCUUGUCAGCAGACCAUCACGGCACGUGGAUUGUCAUCAUGGCGAGAUGUUUGUGUCUCUUUGCAAGUAAUACAGUGCACUGUUACCAUGUUGGUGGGAUGCACUCAAGUAUAUGGCCAAAAAAGAAAAACAUGAAAGAUGUUCUGCCUUGAUAUUCUGGGAGCAGCACAGCAACACUUUUUGCCUGUGGAAUAUGUAUAUGGAUCUUCACUCUGUCAUGCAGUGUGUACAUGUCACAAGGCACGCUUGCCUACGCACCCGUCUUUGGUAGCCUUUCAUCCGGUUGUAUUUUUGCACGGUUUGUUUGUUUCAGCAACAAGAUUAAGUAACAGCAAGUUACUUGUUUUCAAACUAAAUUCUCUCAACCAUGGCAUUUUUCUCGUUGCUGAUAAAUGUUUUUUUUUUUGCUUGGAGGGUUGGUGUCAUCAGUGGGUAAGCGUGAGAGAACACAGAUUCACCGUUACCUUCAGAGCCAAUGUAGAUUUUUUUUUCAGUGCAUCAAACACAGCUUGUAGCACACCAAAUAAUUCAGAAUUUGCCUGAUGUGACAGUGUUGUAUUUACUUUCAAUAACUUCCACAGACCAGCACCCCCCUCCCCCUGCCUUCCUUUGUUUGAUCAUCUUCAAAGUUCUUGACAUGCAAUGCAAUAAAUCAUUAGUUGUUUUGUUCAGAAAGCGCUUGAAAGUGUUUGCUCAAGGGUUGAAACCCCCAUACCUCACAUCGCGUUUGAGUGUGGUAGGAGAGCUUGUUUGUGUCUGGAUAAAAAGAGGAACUCUUGGGGAAUUCUUACUUUUGAUAAAUGUGGCAGUGUGGAGUGUCUAGCACGAGGCAUACAGGCUAUGGGGUUUUCUCUAGAUGGACAGAUCAUGCUAUAUAAUUGUGUAGCAGUGUUUUCUGAAUUCUCUAAAGUUGUGGGUGACUUAUUUUUUUCCCCCUUGCAUAUUCUGUCUUUGUAUGCCUUUUAAUAUAGGAGGGCCCGGGAACAAUGUGCCUUCUAUUUUAUCCUUUUAUUAAAUUGGUCUUGCAUGAACUAGCUUGUUAAUUUUCAGCUUUCCCGGUGGGUAUUUAAAUCAUUCCCAUGGAGGAGCCAUAUGCAUCCCAUGAAUGUGUAAGUGUGAAACAGCAUGGACCUAGUGCACGUUCCUCACGCCACAUGUUAGCUUUAUGCAGUGCACCGCAAAAAUGAGUAAUGUAAAUAGGUUUUGUCAGUGGUAUAUGUGUGUAUAUAUAUAUAUAUAUAUAUUUUUUUUUUGGUCAAGAUUUAAGACUGUGGAAGCAGUUGAUCAUUCCGUUCCUUGCGUUUCCAGGCAUUGACAUUUUUAUUUUGCAAAGAAGCCAUUGUCCUCCCAUGCUUUUUAAAGUCUCUUCAGGCAAUGGGUUAUUAGAAACGGGAACAUCAUCAUCAGGGGCAUACCUCAACGGGGGUCAACCGAGGCCACCUUCGGGCCUGAUCGGCAUGAUUGUUGUUGUUAACCACAGAAAUUCACGCGUCAGUAAUCUAUUGGAAUUUGGUCCACCUCAUGAUGGUUUUUCAAUUUAGACAAGACUCAUCCGGUCAUAAAUAUUUUUUGGCUUGCAGAAACUGAAUAUUCUAAACACGGCUUGGAUUAGGUGCACCACCUUCUGAUGGCUUUAUAAAGAAAUCCUGUCAGCAAAUAUGAAAACUGUGGGACAUGGUCUGUUACACUGUAUAUUGUGUUGAAAUGUGCUUUUUUCAUAUAUUAAAGGAUUUGUAUCAUAAGA